AAUACUAACCCAAAAGCGCGAAAAUUAUGAAUGAAAUCCCCCCAGUUUCUGAAUGUUUGUAGUGUUACAAAUAAACGCCAGGGUUUCUGGCCGUAGACGCGCUAGUCGAAUCGAGAAUGGCGCCGUGAGCGCCUCGGACCGCGUCGACCAUGGCGCGACAUAGAUGGACGCUAGCUCUAAUUUUAAUCUGCCUACCCAUCCUAGCAACAGUGAUAACCGCAUUCCGUGUACGUGAUUUACCUGCGAAUAUUCAGGACAGUUUAAAAGCUGAUUUAAAGAAACACAAGUGUGAAGACUGUGACGUGGACGAUUCCAAGGUCGGUCAAAAGUUGCAUAGUGUUAAAAUCGAAAGUGCUAAACGUUAUGACGAGUUGAAAAAAGCUGUUCGGGAAAAGCAACAGGAAUUGAACCAGAAAGCGGGUAAACUAAAUUAUAAAUAUGUAGAUGACAGUGCUGAUGACGACGACGAUGAUGAUGAUGAUUUGGACUUUUUGAAAAGUGAAACAGGUCUUAAAAAAGAAGAACCUUCCAAGGUUGUGAAAGCGAAAAAAGGUGGUACGGAUGGUAAAAUUAAAAAACCGGUAGUGGAUGAUGAUGAUGACGAUGAUGAUGACGACGAUGACAUUACACUAGUAGAAAUGAAACAAUCUGCGCCUAAAAAGUUACAUGAUUCUAGUAAGAAGCAGACUUCUAAAGAUAAAGUUAAAAAACCAGUAAAAAAAGAUGAUGGCGAUGAUGAUGAUAAGAAAAAGAAAUCAAAACAGGACACACAAGACAAAGAAAAAAAAGUAUCCAUAAAAUCAGAUGGCGGUAAAGAUAUUAAGAAAAAGAUUCCUGAAUCAGAUUCUAAAGUAACAACUAAAAAACCUUCAAAAAAGACGAUUGACGAUGUCGAUGACGAUGACGACGACGACGACGAUGAUGAUGAAGAUUACAAGCCCAAAAAAUCUGAAAACAUUAAAAAGAAACCAGAACAGUCUAAAGGACAUAGCAACAAUAAUAAGAAUAAAAAUUUAUUUAAAAAAUUAAGAGUUGAUGAUGAUAACGACAACGGCGACGACAAUAGUGAUGAUGAUGAUGACGAUGACGACGACGAUGAAGAUGUUGACGAUGAAAGUGACAUUUAUAAUGGAUUGAAAAAAAUGGCAAAAACAAAAAAUAUUGUCCACAUGCCAAAGCCAGACAAACCAGCUACCGAUAAAGCAUCAAAACAUUUGGAAGGUAAAAAAGAAUCACUUACAAAAGGAGAUGUUGUGAAAAACAAAGCCAAAGUAUUGGAAUCUAAAAAAGAGGAUGUGAAAAAACCCGAGCCUAAGAAAGAAAUAAAACCAACUGACAAAGUGAAAGACGAAAAGAAAUCAAAACCUGAUACCACAGAAUCUGCAAAGAAACGAAAAGAGGUAGAAGAAGAUGUGAAAUCAAAACAAGUCAAAACCAAACAAGAAGAGCUUAAAAAAGAUAAGAAGUCUGACUCUAAAGAAAAGGCAGUGAAAGACCUUGGAAAAAGUAUCAAAUCAUCAGCAGAAAAACUAGUAAACAGUCAAGAAAUUUAUUACAAAAGUGAAACUCAUUUGAAGGACGUAACGGAUGCUUUACAAAGACGAAAUUUGCUCCAAAGUGAAUUUGAGGACUUUUACGCUUUCUUUCCCACUUUUGCUCCAAACUUUUCGCGUAUUCACAAUCCGGAAUGCCGACGUCAUGGACAGAUUCUACUGAGGCAGUUACGAGGAACCAAAUUAUGGGCUUUGAAUAUGUUAGACGCUACUGCAAAGAUUCCCUCGGGGCUGCUACAAGGCAAUGGUAUUCAACUCGGCGACUUUGACCAGUGCUUGGGGAGCCGUGCGAGAGUGCAGCUCGAUACAGGAAGUGUCGUCAAGGUGCAAGGCAAGUAUUGCUUGGCUCGACUGGACGUGAAGGCGGAACAUCCCGAGCUGGAGGUCCCGGUGCACCUGGCGCAAGCCAAGAACCUCAUUAAGAGCAAACUUGAUGAUCCAGGUCACUUCGUGCCGCGUUUUUCAACGCUGAGCUGGGGUGUGUGCAUACCAUCAGCCUGCGAUCCUGGUGACGUCGAGAUUAUCAUCAAAGAUGCUGUCAAGCACUAUCAGCAUAAGAGUGGCAUUGUGUUGCGUGUCAAAGUUGAUGAACAGGAUUGCCACGUCGAGGACGACGAUUGGUGGGAUGCCUGGCUAGAGUUGCCUACUUUACUAACUCUGUCUUUCUACGGCAUCAUCGUCUUACUAGUAGUCGUAACGACUUUGCAAGACUUUUUAGCUCGAAGGAAAUCGAGUGAAACACCUGCUGACGAUGGUGACAAACCUGAAGGUGAUGAAGAAUCUAAGGAAAAUGAAGAGUCUAAAGACGAAGAAAAGGGUGAAGAAAAGAAACACACAGAUGGUUUCAUCUCCGCUUUCUCUCUCUACCAUACGAUCAGCAAGCUCACUGCUCCUGGCACCAAUGACGAGAUCGCCAGCAUCCAUGGCGUUAGAGGUCUAGCUACCUUGGCCUUACUGAUUGCUCAUAAGUUCUUGCCUGUCGCUGUCACACCAUAUACCAAUCGACUGAGAAUUACAGAGACAGUGAGUUCUCCAUUAUGGUCGUGGUGCAGAGCGGGCUGGGUGUUCACCGACUGCUUCCUUCUGCUCAGUGGAGCGUUGACUGCACAUCGUAUAUCCGAUGGGGAUACCGGCGCCCCUUGGAGAUUGUUCACUAGAUAUCUAAGAUUAACUCCAGCUCUUUUAGCCGUUGUCCUAUUCUACGCAUAUAUCUGGGACAAUUUAUCCUCUGGACCAAUGUGGGGCACGCUAGUUACGAAGAACGCCGAGGUUUGCCAAGAGGGAUGGUGGUGGAAUAUGUUGUAUGUGCACAAUUACUUCGGCUUCGAAGAGAUGUGCGCACCGCAAACCCAUCAACUAGCCCUGGAUAUGCAGUUGACCAUACUAGGAGGUAUAACAGUGUGGGCAAUGCAGGUGGGACAGCGUAUGUCUAGACUGUUGCUGCCUUCGAUGCUCGCCCUAGCAACCUACUCGCGAUACAGUACCGUGCUCGAUCAUCGACUCACUAUGCUGGCCUACCAUGGGGUUACGGUAAGCCAGCUGUACAGAACCGCUCGUCUGAGCUACACUUCAAUUCUGCAUCGUUCUACUCCUUAUCUAGUAGGAGUAGGCUUGGGAAUCGCGUUACGGAACCCCUCGGAACAUAGCAAGGUCCUCCGCAUCUUGGGCUGGUUAAUCAGCACAUCGCUUUGGUGCUUAGUGUGGUGGGCCGGCCUGGACGCUGGCUCCACCACUUACCGUUACAACGCUGCGUUCGCAGCACAGUACGCUGCGCUUGCGCCUGUUGCGUCUGCGCUGGCAAUUGCGUGGCUUAUUUACGCUGUGCAUAGCGGCUCAGAUGGAUUCCUAAGUCAAUUCCUGUGCUGCCGUCCCCUGGUGCUGAUCAGUCGCCUUUCAUAUGCUCUUUACCUCUGCCAGUUCGUUGUAUUCCUCACCAAAGCCGCUACUGUCAAGUCUUCUACAGAAUUUACCAUCACCUCCUUGAUCGAUGUGCAAGAAAUCUCUGCAAUCAUAUUAUCAUCUGUGAUCUUAACCUUGACCUUCGUGAUUCCGAUGCAGUCAUUGCAUAAAGUUUUCUUAUUCUCACCAAAAUCGGAAACGGUAGAAACUGAAGAAACGUGUAAAGACGAUGAGCAAGUAACGGAGAAUAAAGAACAAACAGAAGAAGAGAAUGUGAAGGGUAAAUUUGUAGAACCUGAAGAAGUUCUAGAUUUACCACAGAUCAAAAGUAGGCAACAUCUUCUAGCUCAUAGAGAGGUUUUAGAGGAAAUUCCUGAAGUAGAACUCGAAUUUGAAGCUCAAAGAGAGAAAUUGGAAGGCUUGGAAGAGAUUUUAGAGGAAGAAGAAGAUGAGGACUUGGAAGACGAGAUGAACCAUCUGGAUGAAGAAGACAUGGAAAUAAUCGAAGAAGAAGGCGGUGAAGAUUUCUGGGCGGACAGAGAAGAAUAUGUGCCGCGAAGAUCGUUCUCUAGACAAGAUGAUCGGGAUAUUGACGAAUGGGAAUGGACAGCUAACGGCAGCGGACGAACUGGUGCUCAAUACAACCGAUACGCAAGAUAACGUUGUGUUUUUGUUAAUUAUUAAAUCCCUUUGAGUUUUUUGGGUUGU